GUUUUUACCUUGCCUUGGCCUGAUAAAUAUUCACAUUUAUUUAUUACUCUUUACACGUAUUCAAACGUAUUAUAGUGUUAACAAAAGGGCAUUAGCGAGGAAAAAUACUGAUGCCAUACAAUUUAGAAUUAUGAUGAUUAUACAUACUAUUUAACAAUAAUAGGUUAUUAGAAUAAAUGAAGCAAACACCGACAGAUUCAACACUUACACUCGAAUAAAAUAUUCAGAUUAAAGAGUAGUACAGUAUAUUCGAUUUUAAAUUGAUUCAAGCUUUUGUACCCCCAACACUAAUAACCAACCAGCAGUCUCAUCUGUCAAUCACUUCACUGCGUCAGUUUCUCUACGCGAGCAGUAUUAUCGUGUUUUAUACUUUGAUGAUUUUUUGAAUGAAAAAAUUGAUUCUACCUAAUAAUGGGUGCCAUAUAUAAAUUAAGAAGAUUAAUUUAAUCCUCGAAUUCACAAAUGGCUGCGGAGACGCUUCUGAAAACGGGCAAGCAUUCGAAGUAUAUAUCGUAUAGGAAAAUCUUGUAUCAUAGGUUUUUCGUCGGCCUACUCUUGUUUAUAGUGGUAUCUUUAGUGUUUACAGUGGUGUUUAAUGCAUUAUCCGGUAGUGCACCGCGGAUAGAUGUGUAUCAAGCUGUGAAUUUAGAUUCUACAAGUGUCGAAGUGGUGAAAAUCAGUGAUAGUUCGGUUGAGGCGGGCGCUCGUUUGUCAAACUGCACGUACUGGGACUGUUUCGAUGUGUAUAGAUGCGGCAGAGGUGGCUACAACUACAUAACAAUAUACAUAUAUCCAUUAAAAGACUAUCAGACUGAGGAUGGGAAUUCUAUAUCACAGUUUUCUAAAGAAUUUUAUAUGAUAUUAGAUGCUAUAAAACGAAGUAAAUAUUAUACGCCGAACCCCGAGGAGGCUUGCCUGUUAGUCCCUAGCAUAGAUACACUGAACCAGCGUAGUUUCUCAAAGCAUCAUGUGUCCAGAGUGCUGCAGACAUUGCCACACUGGCACCAUGGUGAGAACCACCUCAUAUUCAACAUGCUGCCGGGCAGCGCACCCUACUACAACUCGGUGGUGGACCUCAACACCAGCAGAGCCAUUAUAGCAGGAUCCGGGUUCAAUACAUGGACGUUCAGACAUGGCUUCGACAUAUCAAUACCCGUGUACAGUGCGGUCGCCGAGACAAUAGACAGCACACAACCAGAACAGAAGAAGUACCUCAUCGUGUCAGCACAGCUCAAUAUACCACACAAUUAUUUACAGGAAUUACAGAAUAUAGCCUCGUCAUCCAAUGAUCUGUUGUUAUUGGAAAGAUGUAAGACUGAUGUUAUGGAUCACAGUAAGAGAUGUGAAUACACUACGGGUAGAUUAUUUGAGUACCCAAACAUUUUGAAGGAUGGAAUGUUCUGCCUAGUUGUAAGAAGUGCCCGACUGACGCAAGCUAUCCUUAUGGAUAUUAUGGCGUCACAGUGCAUACCCAUAGUGAUUGCUGACUCCGUAGUCAUGCCGUUUAACUCACACGUUGACUGGAAUAAACUGGCUUUAUUUAUACCAGAGGAUAAUAUAAAGAAUUUAGUGAAAAUAGUGCAUUCAGUUAGUAAUGAGCGGCGCGGGGAGUUGUAUUGGCAGCUUAGAUGGGCCUUUGAUAGAUAUUUUGCUAGCAUAGAGAAGAUAACAUUGACUGCAUUAGAGAUUAUUAAUGAGAAAGUGUUUGCGUUAGAGGGGAGGACGUAUGAAGAUUGGAACAUGCCUGUACAUUUGUAUGGUCCCGUGAACCCACUGUUCCUGCCUGUGACCGCUUCCAAGGCGGCCGGCUUCACCGCGGUCAUACUAACAUACGACCGGGUUGAGAGCCUGUUCGCGCUGGUGUCAAAAUUGGUGCGGACUCCGAGCCUGGCCAAGAUCCUUGUAGUUUGGAAUAAUCAGAAGAAGGCACCACCUCCUUCAUCGGAAUGGCCAGUGAUCAACAAACCGUUGAAAGUGAUACGAACCAAAGAGAACAAACUGUCAAAUAGAUUCUUUCCAUACGAUGAAAUUGAGACUGAGUGUCAACUGACUAUUGACGAUGAUAUCGUUAUGUUGACACCGGACGAGCUGGAGUUUGGUUUCGACGUGUGGCGCGAGUUCCCCGACCGCAUAGUGGGGUUUCCGUCCAGGCUGCACGUGUGGGACAACACCACCAACUCGUGGCGGUACCACAGCGAGUGGACCAAUCAGAUAUCUAUGGUGCUAACUGGAGCCGCGUUCCACCACAAGAUCUGGUCGUGGUACUACACGUACAAGAUGCCCGCCGAGAUCCGCCACUGGGUGGACGACAACUUCAACUGUGAAGACAUCGCUAUGAACUUCCUAGUCGCGAAUGUUACUAGGAAGCCGCCUAUUAAGGUGACCCCCCGCAAGAAGUUCAAAUGCCCAGAGUGCACGAACACGGAGAUGUUAUCAGCGGACGCGCGCCACAUGUCGCAGCGCUCGGCCUGCAUCGGCCGCUUCGCGCGCGUGUACGGGAACAUGGCGCUGCGGCCCGUGGAGUUCCGCGCGGACCCGCUGCAGUACCGCGAGCCUGCGGCCGGACUGCCGCACGCCUACCCCGACAUAGGGGCGCUGUGAACACACCAGGGACUUGGACACGGUAUGUAUAGUUGCCGGCACGGAUCUUCAGCGCUCGCCGGAAGAGUGGGGAUCGCUUUGCGCAUCGUAAAAUAAAACGCCAAUCAAUUCUGCGUACUCGUUUCAAGGAAGAUUUUCAACCAAUCACGAGUGACGGAUGCAAGCCCAUCACUGCACUUUAGUCCGCCCCGCGCCUCACUUCAUACCGCAAAAGGGACACAAAAAAUCACUUCUGCGCAGGUGAAGGUCAGCGCUCAAGAUCCGUGCCAGUAACUAUAGUUGCCUACGUCAUUAUGGUAGCUAUCUGGAGUCUAGUCUAAGAGAAUAGUUAGAAGCCCGUUUUCUAUGAAGUGGAAUUAAGAGGACGAUAGCUAAGGCCAUUAAUGGGUUUGGACUAGUCAAAUCUAAUUCGAAAAUCGAUCGAAAAAAAGAUUUUUUGGGUAGCCUAAGGCAGCAAAAUUUUUGUGGUAUGGAAAAUUCAUAGAAAUAAUGCCUCGGAUGCUUUAGAACAAAUAAUAGCAGUGUUGGUUUUUUAAACUGAAAAUCGAUGAACAAAUUUUACCGGUUUCUGAAAUGGCAACCUCUAAAUUCGGAUGACAGCUAAUCACUGAGCACAUGUUGAUUAGAGGGCAGUCUUUUAAACCACUAAACACUCGGCCAAUAAAAUUGAGGAGCCUUUCAGAAACUGAGAACAAAAAGCAAUAACGAACAAUCCAAAAAUAUUAAUUGAAAAUAAUUUUGUAUCUCAACUAAAAGUAAAAAAGUCUGUCACUUUAAUUUGAAUAUGAUGAAUGUUGUAAAAGUAAAUGCCGUCGUAUCAAUAAUGUAAGUAUAGAAUUAGUCAGUGUAAUGAGUGUAACGUUUAAAAAAUUACCGUGGAAGACUUUUUUGCUGAACAUCCCGUUGACUCAAUACAAGUUAAUACUUAAGCGGAUAAAAUAGAAUAGAAUUAAAGGAAAGUAGGUGGUACGGACAAUAACAAAUUGAUCGAAGGCUGUAAGAGAAAUAAAUAUGGGAUCUCGUCCCAACACCAGGGUAUGUAGUCUUAAACUGCCAUUAUUUUAUUAAUUUCCCUGACUCACCUCCCCAUUUUGUAUGUUUGCGGUGGAAUGUUCUGUUACCCUUCAUUUUUUGUUGUUGUUUUAUUAUUGUUGCAAUUUAUUACAAUCAUUCAAAGUCACAAUUAACAUUUUAGAUUAUUGAUUUUCUUAUUUAAUACUCAAAAUACCAAAGCUCGUUUAUAUGUUAUCUAUUUGAUAUUAAACUCUUUAUUUUGUUUAAAAGAUUGUUUUUAACUUAAUCAAUAUUUUUUCAGUCUAAGGGCCUGUUUCAUACAAAUAAUGUAAUUUUUUUCAAUGUAUCUGCCAGAUAACGGCUAAUAAAUGAUUGUGAAACAAGCGCUAGGUGUAACAGAAACAUUCUACCGUAAACGUACAGUCAGCAAGAAAAGUAUUUACUUAUAUGUAAAUAUAUUUCAUGAUCCCUUACCCCCUUGUUUUAAGGACUUGUGUUGUGAGCUUACUAAUCGCCUUCGAAUUAUUACGUUUUACAAUUAGUAUACGCGGAUAUCGUUUGUUUUAUUAUUAUUAUUAUACGCUAGAAAUGAAUAUCAUAAUCUUUUAUGGUUCCCUAACAAAAUAAUGCUGGUUUAUCAAGCGUUGAUCAAAUUUUGUAUUUGACUCUGGAUUGAGUAUUAAAAUCAAUCCUUAAAAUAAUCAAUUAAGUUCAAAUCAUUUAUUCUCAAAAAAGACAUUGUCACUUACAUGAGAAUACAAUUUAAAGUUUAUCAUUAUUAUAGUUAUAAAUACCCAUCACCAGAUAAUAACAAAUUCCUUGAAUCAACCACUGCAGUCACUAUGGUCUUAUUAGUUGAUUUAGUGAAAAAUAAAUUUGAUCAGCGCUCCGGAUACCAGGAAUUAGAAAGCAAAUCUCAAGCCAGACCCCUAUAUCUUGUGAGAAAACCUUGUUUCGAUAUUCCUGGCGUUAAUUUACAUCAAAAAACUUUUACAUCUCUCAAGGGUUGACUUAAUUGCAAAUGAUUGUGUAUUUUUAUUUGCCCAUGUCCGUAAAACUGUAAUUAGAGGCUUUUUAUUAGAAUUUAGAAGUAAGCUAGAAUAUUUUUUUUUUUAUUAAAAUUCUGAGUGUCGUAAUCAUUUUAUUGAAGCAACCUUUGAGGGAUUUAGCUUGACCUGGUUUCAUAUUUGUCAUUGAUAACUCAAACAUAUCCAAUUUCAGUACACUAGCGGUGUUAAGUUAUUGUAUAUCAAACGAUUUUAUGUCUUGUGCUAAUGUUUAUAAAUACGAUUUUACUUAGUCGAAAAUGAUUAUAACAACACCAAGUCGAAGAAAAUAAAUACUACGUCAGUGUUAAAUGGAAAAUUAAUAUUGAAUCAAAAAUGUUACCUUUUGCAAAACUAUUGAUACUUUCAAUGUAAAAUUCAUUUUAUAAAAUUGUUUUCAUAAGUCUGUCGCAUCCAUAAACAAAAGUUCUAAAGAUAACCUCGUUACUUGCCAUUCCUUUUAUUACAAUAGAAAAUAAUUUUGUCUAUGACAAUAAGUUUGUAAGUAGCUAGUAAAUGAUCCCCAAUUGGUUUCAUGUCAAUUCUUACUAUUAUCAAAAAUGUGUUAUUUCGAAUAUUUGUCAAAAUACAACAAAAAGAAACGAAAAAAUGGUGUACAGUAAGUAACAUAGAUUAUAAAUAUAGGAAAACUAUAACGUCGUGUUUAGGUUGUAAUAUAAAUCAAAAUAGAUGUAAUUAAUUGCAAAUUUUGUGUAUUUUGACAGGAAUUUGGGAUAAUAAUAUUAAGGUCUUUCGUAUUCAGGCCGACGACAGUUUACAAUACCUGAGAGCUUUGAUCUCCAAGCAAAUACCGUCGUACUAAGUCAUAGAGGUUUGUGAGCAUGGAGGCUGAAGUAGUCAGAUAUUAAAGAGUAUUAUCGUUUUGCGUACGAAGGACCUUUGCGUGAAAUGUAAAGCCAUCUGUCCUUAGAUGAGUAAAGAAAUGAUAUUCUAAAAGUUAGUGAAGGUAUUAGUUAUAGAGAAAUAGUCCAUCUUAACAUAUCGGUGCUUGCGCGAAGAAGUAAUCUAAUUCCUAAUAAUUUUAAAUUGUGUAGAUAUACGUAAGGAAUGCACGAUGUACAGUAGCGUUGUGUAGGCUCGUGUAUUAUUUAUUCCAAAUUACAUGUAUUUUGUUAUACGUUUUUUUAAUAACGCUCCUUUGGAAGCAAAUAUGAUUUAAUAUCAGAAAUAUCUGAUUGGCUAUUAGGACUCGUUAGAUCGGUGGAUUUGAGUAGAUAUCGAAAUUAAGAAAUUAAAUAAUGCCUUGCUCUUUAGGCAUCGUAUCGUAAGUAAAAUCUAGAAU